AUGGCGCGUGCUGUUGUGGAUGUUCGCGACGUCGCCUGCCUCUCCGUCCAGUUAUUACACCAGGCAAAUAUUGUUGAAGCAGGGGAUUGUCGCAGUUUCAUUGCCAGUACACCAGGGGUGUGGGAGUUGCUGCCGUCAACUGAGGCUGCUGUCCUCUCUUUACAAUACCCAGACCAUACCCAUGUAAAGUCCAAGCCCUAA